AUGACUUGCUCGGCAGGAGCAAGACUGGCGGCACAUUCGAGAAAUUUUGUCGAACGAGUCGAAAGGUGGCUGGAGCAAACGCCGGAUAGUGCUGAGAUUUUUUCGGAAAGAGGCGCGCCGCAAGCACCUCGAAAACUCGGAGAAGGUUGUCGGGGAUGCGCACGACAACACAUAUGCAAUGGAUCUAAUGCGGAGAGCUCGACCCCUUGGGUGGAGACGUUGGCCUCAGUGGUGGGUCGUUUCGCUUGCCUUGUAGAAAGGUUGCCAUUACUGACGUAGUAGCAUCUGUGGGGUUCUGACCAGGCGGGUCCGAAAACGGGGCCGUUCAAGUACGAUGACGACACUUUCGCUCUCCCCCUGCUCCCCACGUCGACCAACACCGAGGUUCGAAAACCCGACGGAUCCGUGACCCACAAAGACAAGACCGGUCUCCUCUCCUUCGCCGACCUCAUCGCCAUUUUUGAAUACACCAUCACCGCCCGGCUCAACAGUCUCGAAGACACCCAAAAGCGCCGUCAACCGCCCAAUUACAAGCUGCUCCAGCUUCUCAACAACAUCAGAUCUGUACUGCGCGAACAUCCAUCGGCGGACUUCGCUCUCGGACUCGCGAUUCAUCUCGACAGGGCGUACGCCGUCAAGGUCGACAGCGAGGUGGUCAGGAUCGUCGAGCUGAAGGACUGCUGGGAUGACGUAGAUUUUCCCCAAGAUGGUUGCUCUUCUGCGCAUCUUCCUAAACGUCGAUUAUGA